CGUGCGGUCUGUGCCUGGCGGCUGGGGCCGGGCCGAAGGGCUGCGGGCGCGGGGUUGCUGAGGAGGGCCCGCUACGGGCUGCUCGCUGUGCCCCCCUCUGAGAGCGCAGUGCGGGGCUGCGAGCCGGGCUGUAGGGAUAGUGAACCGCCUCGUGGGUUUGGGGUGUGUCUGUCGUCGGUUCGGUUCGUGCGGAAGCGCAUUAAUCCGUGAGGCGCUUUAUUGCCAGUAUUGAUUCUAAACGUGUCCGUUUUUUCUAGCUUUGCUCCGGGCCUUACUGCAGGCGCUCCCACUUCCCGCACCCCUCUCCCUGUUUCUCCUCUGAGAGCAUCGCAGCUCCUUUGCUGGCUGCAAUAGAGUCGCUGGGUGUAGGGAGGUCAGCAGGAAUAGCUGGUUAGGGUUGAAAUAGCAGAGAGGCCAGCUCUGGCUUUGUGUUUGCAGGCUGUAGCAGCGCUCCCUUCAGGCUCUGCUUGUGUGCUCUCUUAGAAACCGUUCUGUGGGAAAGCAUUUUGUUGUGGCAUUGCCCUUUCUCUCACAGAGCUGAGCCUGGUGGGUGAGCUCAAGAAACCCAGAAAACAACCAGUCUGCAGUCAUCUUCUGUUCUUACUCACGUCCCAGAUCAGUGCCAGUUCUGUGCUCACCAUUCCCAGCCAGGCCCUUACAUCCUGCACGUUGUACCCAGUCUACCUUCUGUAAGCCAACAGAGCUUCUCAGCUCUGCACUGAAAAGCCUGACAUUGCUUUUGUUUUCCUCUUGGAUGAAAUGCUGUAAAGCUGUCCUGUCUGUUGGUGAGGAUUUGCUUUCAGGAAGCUGAGAUAUGAAGGUACUUACCCUCAAAUAGGGGAUUCAGAUUACAUCUGGCUCAGGAGAUAUGUGCCUCAUGGUUUGGUUGCUUGUUCAUAAUGACUUGCAUGUGGGAGGGGAGUGGGGAAGAACAGGUGUUUGAACCCUCUGCAGCAGUUGGUUGCAGUCUUGCUGUGCUGCUGGUGCAUACUUUAGUGAUAGGACAAGGGGGAAUAGGGUUUUAAACUGAGACAGGGGAGUUCUAGGUUGAAUAUCAGGAGGAAUUUUUUUAGCCAGAGGGCAGUGAGGCACUGGCACAGGUUGCCCAAGGAGGCUGUGGAUGCCCCAUCCCUGCAGGCAUUCAAGGCCAGGCUGGAUGUGGCUCUGGGCAGCCUGGGCUGCUGGUUGGUGACCUGCACACAGCAGGGAGUUGGAAUCAGAUGAGCGCUGUGGGUCUUUUCAACCCAGGUCAUUCUAUGAUUAGCAGGGAGGCUAACUGCUGGUAUUUUGGUCACUUUGGUUUACUCUGGCGUGAUCUUUCUGACCCGCCUAUGCUCUCAUGUGAAACCAGAGAGCUGCAGUGUCCAGGGCUGCUCAGCUGCUGGUUUCAGGAUGAACUUAUCUAUGUAUUUGGGUUUGAGCACUUUUUUUUUUUUUUUCUUCCCUCUGAAGCCUGAGCUUGAGAAAUUGAAACACCUCAGCUGUUACCUUCUGUACAGACCCUGAGCUCUGCCUGGUGACCAUCCUGUCUCCAACAUCCCUACCACGAAACAGGCACAACACCAAAGAGUCAAAGAUGUGACAUGCGACUGCUAUGUCAGUGGACUGCCUGGGACAGCAUGCAGUGCUCUCAGGCCGCCGUUUCCUCUACAUAGUCAACCUGGAUGCACCAACCGAGGGCCAUCGGAAGAUCUCCCGGCAGAGCAAGUGGGACAUCGGGGCAGUGCAGUGGAACCCACACGACAGCUACGCGUACUAUUUUGCAGCUUCGAGCAACCAGCGAGUUGACCUGUAUAAGUGGAAGGAAGGUAAUGGGGAAGUUUGCACAUCCUUGCAAGGACACACACGUGUGAUCAGUGACUUGGACUGGUCAGUGUUUGAACCAGACCUGCUGGUCACCAGUUCUGUUGACACAUACAUCUACAUCUGGGACAUCAAAGACACCAGGAAGCCUACAGUCUCGCUCUCUGCAGUAGCUGGAGCUUCCCAGGUCAAAUGGAACAAGAAGAAUGCCAACUGUUUAGCAACAAGCCACGAUGGGGAUGUCCGAAUAUGGGACAAAAGGAAACCCAGCACUGCAGUCGAAUACUUAGCAGCUCAUCUCUCUAAAAUCCAUGGUCUGGAUUGGCAUCCUGACAAUGAGUACACGCUGGCCACUUCCAGCCAGGACAACUCUGUCAGGUUCUGGGAUUACCGUCAGCCUCGGAAGUACCUCAAUAUCCUUCCCUGCCAGGUUCCUGUCUGGAAGGCGAGAUACACGCCUUUCAGCAAUGGGCUGGUGACAGUGAUGGUUCCGCAGCUCCGACGAGAGAACAGCCUACUUCUCUGGAAUGUCUUUGACUUGAACACACCUGUUCAUACCUUUGUGGGACAUGAUGACGUGGUGCUGGAGUUUCAGUGGAGGAAACAGAAAGAAGGUUCUAAAGACUACCAGCUGGUUACGUGGUCCCGUGAUCAGACUCUGCGGAUGUGGCGGGUUGACUCUCAGCUGCAGAGGCUGUGUGCUAAUGAUAUCCUGGAUGGAGUUGAUGACCUCAUCGAUGGGAUUUCUCUUCUGCCUGAGCCAGACAAGACCCUUCAACCACAGGACUCUGAGCCCCAGCACAGCUCUGGACAUGGGGAUGAGGAAGCCUUAAAGGAAGACUUCCUGAACGACCUCCUGGUGGGAAAGAAAACAGACCAACUGGGGCUGCCUCAAACACUGCAGCAGGAGUUCUCACUGAUCAACGUGCAGAUCCGAAAUGUCAACGUGGAGAUGGAUGCGGUGAAUCGUAGCUGCACAGUGUCAGUGCACUGUGGCAACCACCGGGUCAGGAUGCUGGUGAUGUUCCCUGUCCAGUAUCCCAAUAAUGCUGCACCAUCCUUCCAGUUCAUCAACCCGACCUCCAUCACUGCCUCCAUGAAGGCCAAGCUGCUGAAGAUACUGAAAGACACUUCCCUGCAGAAAGUGAAGAGGAACCAGAGCUGCCUGGAGCCCUGCCUGCGUCAGCUCGUCUCCUGGCUGGAGUCUGUCGUGAACCAAGAGGACAGCACGUCCAGCAACCCCUAUGCUCUGUCCAACUCCGUGACGACCCCCCUGCCCACCUUUGCCCGGGUCUCCAAUGCCUAUGGCUCCUACCAGGACUCAAACAUCCCAUUUCCACGGACCUCUGGAGCCCGGUUCUGUGGUGCAGGGUACCUGGUGUAUUUCACGAGGCCCAUGACCAUGCACCGUGCAGUGUCCCCAACGGAGCCCACACCCCGGUCCCUGUCAGCUUUGUCAGCAUACCACAGUGGCCUCAUUACUCCGAUGAAGAUCCGUACAGAGACUCCAGGCAAUCUGCGUUUGUACAGCGGCAGUCCCACGCGCAGUGAGAAGGAGCAGGUCUCCAUUAGCUCCUUCUACUACAAAGAGAGGAUGUCUCCUCGCUCUGCCCGGCGGCGUUGGUCCAUACAAGCAAUUAACGACUUCCCGAAGUCGAGGAGGUGGAAAAGCAAACGGGAGGGGACAGAUGCCAACAACCGACCCAUCAAAGCUGCUGGGAAAGUUAUUAUACAAGAUAUUUCCUGCUUGCUGCCUGUGCACAAGCUGCUGGGAGAGCUCUACAUAUUGAACGUAAAUAAUAUCCAGGAGACUUGCCAGAAGAAUGCUGCCUCAGCCAUGGCUGUUGGACGGAGGGAUCUUGUACAGGUUUGGUCACUGGCUAUGGUAGCCACUGAUCUUUGUCUUGGACCGAAGUCUGACCCAGAUCUGGAGAUACCUUGGGCACAGCAUCCAUUUGGACGUCAAUUACUGGAGUCCCUGCUGGCUCACUACUCGCAGCUCCACGAUGUGCAGACCCUGGCCAUGCUGUGCAGUGUGUUUGAAGCCCAGUCCAGGUUACAGGGGUGCCCAAACUCCUAUGGCCCCUUUCCUCAGCGUGCCUCCAACCUGGCCUCCCACAGCCGAUACCCCAGCUUCACUUCCUCUGGUUCCUGUUCCAGCAUGUCGGAUCCUGGACUUGGCACUGGAGGCUGGAGCAUAGGUACUGAGACCUGGGGAGCAGCAAACAAGGACACUGAGCAGAGCUCCGCUCCCUGGUGCGAGUCUUCUCCAGAUGAGUUCCGCUACAGCAACCUGAUGUACCCCGAUCAUCGGGAGCGAGAGAAGGACCAGCACGAGAAGAACAAAAGGCUCCUGGAUCCUGCCAAUACUCAGCAGUUUGAUGACUUUAAGAAGUGCUACGGUGAAAUCCUCUAUCGCUGGGGUCUGCGAGAGAAGCGAGCUGAGGUCCUGAAGUUUGUCUCCAGUCCUCCUGAUCCCCACAAAGGAAUUGAGUUUGGUGUGUACUGCAGCCACUGCCGCAGCGAGGCGCGGGGCACGCAGUGCGCCAUCUGCAAGGGCUUCACCUUCCAGUGCGCCAUCUGCCACGUGGCCGUGCGGGGCUCCUCCAACUUCUGCCUGACCUGUGGGCACGGUGGCCACACCAGCCACAUGAUGGAGUGGUUUCGCACGCAGGAGGUUUGCCCCACGGGCUGCGGCUGCCACUGCCUGCUCGAGAGCACCUUCUGAACGGCGGCAGAGCACAGCGCCCCGGGAAGGGGACUGGGGAUGGAACUCCCGAGCCACGUGGACUCAGCUCUGCGGCGUCUGGAGGAGCCGUGCUGGGAGCCGGCGCAGGACUGGUGGUGACCUUUGUGAGUGCUUCCAGUGUCACUGCGCUGCCUGGGUUGCUUCCAGACCGCUUGGACCAAACUCCAGUGUGUCCAUUGCUGGCGAUGGAUGCCGCACCACCGAGCUCACACUUGUCCUGCAGGAGUGUAAAUGUUGGCCGGUCUCUGCCAGGCUGUGGAAGGGCGUCGGAGUUCCUUUGGAAAGCACUCGGCUGGCAGAGCCAGACCUGCUCCAGCUGCCUAAUGUCUUUCCAGGUGCCUCUGGAUGGGCCAAGGGUGAGCCAGGCACAGCCUUCUUCACACACUUGAGGCAGAAAUAAUUUGCAAGCAGCAGUGAGCUCUGCAGGCUCACUGUCACCUGUGCUCAACAAGUGGCUGUGCUCCAAGUCACUUUCUGAGCCAACAGGGUCCUUAUUUUUGAACUGCUGUUUACGUUGCUGAGGUUAUCCCAUAAAGCAAGAGUGAAAUGACGUUUUUCAGCAUUAUUUCCUGAAUACUUUCUUCCCACUGUUCCGUAUCAGCCCCUGCUGCGAAAAGCCCAGCCACGCAACCACAGCCACUAGGAUUAGUUGCUUUCUUCCAGAAGUUUAUUGCUCUUCAGUAAGUGUCCCUGCGUUCUGCCCUGGGUGAUUCAGUGCACUUUAACUUGCCUGUCCCUGCCUCGCUGGCAGCUCGUCCUCAGGGCUGGGAGAGGCAGCUGCUUUUCUGUUUGGGAUCCACAGCAGGUUUCGAGGUCUCCCUUCACCUGCGGGGGGCAAUGCAGAAAGGUUUGGGAAGACACAGGCAGAACAUUUGCUCCGUGCAGGGGGAAUUGAUGAGUAAUUGGUGAUGGUUUCAAGGGGAAAAGGGGUUUGGAAAAGCGGUGGGGAUGACAGAGGCAACAGGUUUGUGCCUUCCAUUGGAGAAUGUCCUGGAUGGACCCCUCUCUAUGGGGCCGUGCCUGCCGCCUGGCCUGGCCUGUGUCUGUGAUAACUCAGGCCGGGGGCUCCUGCUGUGCAACAAGCAGAAGACAUCUCUUAAAAUUAAAG